AUGCUUCGUCUGAACAAGCCCAAGCCAGUACUGGUAGAGGGUAGGCAGGGGGGACACUGCCACGGCAAUCAGAACGGCAGAGACUUUGCCACAUCCGUUGGUAAGAAGAAGGCUAAUGUCGAGGCUCUUCUGUCUCAAACCAUCGGCGAUUUUGCAGAUGUCAAAUGCAGUCACUGCGCCCGGGGCUGCGGAAGGUUCAGUGGCUGUGUCCUUAUCCGGACACCUGAGAAUGAGGUUCUAGCAUGCACGAACUGUCACUGGAAUAACCACAGCGACCGCUGCAGCCUUUCCACCAUCGGACGGGCACUGGAAAAGCCUUCACAAGAUGCCGGGGCAGACCAAGAGGCUGGUAUCGAAAAAGAAGACGACCAGGAAAUGAUUGAUUUUUUCACCAGCUGGUUGCCGGUGCUAAAACACAAGCUGGCGAAGGCUCGAAGAGGGAGCCCCCAAAAGCGUCUGAAGGGACCUCAGUACGAGAAGAAGAUCAAGUUGGCCGAAUGUGUUCUGGCGCUUAAAGCUAAAGCUAAAGCUGCGAAGGACUCGAAGAACUAUCCCGAGCAAGGUGGACACAUUGAUGGCGAAUGA